AUGUCUCCGAGGUAUUGGCUCAUGAAGGCCGAGCCGGACUCACGCGUCGUCAAGGGCAAGGACGUCAAGUUCAGCGUGGACGACUUUGAGUCCGUCAAGACAACGCCAUGGGAGGGGGUGCGCAAUGCGGAAGCUCGCAAUCUAAUGAGGGAGAUGGAAGUUGGGGACAAGGUGUUGUUCUAUCACUCGAAUUGCAAGAAACCAGGCAUUGCGGGUUUUGCGGAGGUGUCUAGAGAGGCGUACCCUGACUACACUGCAUGGGAUUCAUCACAUCCUUAUUACGAUCCCAAAACUGAUAAAGAGAACCCGAAGUGGUACAUGGUUGACGUGACUUUCAUUAACCGCACAGCCCAUUUCGUGCCACUCGCGCUGUUACGGCGCAUCGCAGCAGCAGGGUCAGAACCCCCCACUGACGUCUCAUACAUCGGCGAAUCAGGAACAUCGGCAAUCAAGCAGAUGGCGCUGGUGACGCGUGGGCGGUUGAGUGUGCAGAGAGUAGAGGAAGACACGUGGGGUGUGAUCGAGGAAUUGGCCGCGAAAGGCGGAUGGACUGAGGAGGAUGCUACUGCGAGCAAAAAGAAGGGGAAGAAAACCGGAACUGCGCAAGGGCAGAGGAGCAGGCGCAAGGCAACGAAGAGCGAGGAAGAUCGGGAUGAAGUCGAUACAGGGAGCAGUGUGGUGGCCGGGGAUAUGGAGGGGUCAAGCAAGGACAAGGCGUCAGCGAACGAGGAGCAACCAACGACUCGCAAGCGGAAGGCAAAGUUCGUGGAGGAAUAUGAAGCAUCUGACACCACGGUGCGACGGUCGACGCGAGCGAGGAAGUGA